CCUGCUUCGACUCACGACUGGACCUCGAUGGCAAACGAAACGUCUGUAACCUGUUCUGUAACCAAGAUGACAAUUCGACCGUCGUUGCCGAUGUUGUUCACCUUGUGCCCACCAAGGCUCAUUUAAUCAAUAUUCCAGUGAAGUCGAAACCUUCUGUGGACAGCACUCAUCAGCACAGCGUCCGAGUGCUGCAGAACAAGAAAGAGGACGGAACUCUGGUUUACAUGUGCCGAUUUUGCUCUGCCGUCUACAAACACAAAAAGUCCCUAAACAAGCACUGGAAAGACAAACAUUCCGGCGAAAUUGGACCCAACGGCGAGGCCGGCAACGAAGACGAGGAAGAGGAGGAUGAUGAAGGGGAGGGGACGAGCGCGGAUGUGGAAAACUCACCCCCUCCGGAGCGUUCUUUCGAGGCCAGCGAGCCGGCACGAUCUUGCUUGGCCUCAACUCCAGUGGCUAGUAGUAACGCCUUGCCCGUCAAGUUGUCUGCUGUCAGCCCCAUAACGCUUUCCUCCAGCCUGUCCACCGCACCC